AUGGACCGGUUCGCCCAGUUCGCCGCCGUGGCCGCCCAGGAAGCCUGUGCCCAAGCCGAACUCAAACCUCGCGAAAUGGACCGUUAUAGCGUCCACGUCGUGGUCGGCAGCGGUAUUGGCGGUAUAUCCACCCUCACCGAGCAGCACAAGGUGCUGCUGGACCGGGGACCCCGCCGCGUCACCCCGUUCCUGAUCCCCAUGAUGCUCGCCGACAUGGGUUCCGCUCAGGUCUCCAUGGUAACCGGCGCCAUGGGCGCCAACUACUGCAUCACAUCUUCCUGCAGCAGCGGCGCCGACGCUAUCGGCGUCGGGUGGGACCUGAUCCGCCACGGCAAGGCCGAAGUUGUCCUCGCCGGUGGCGCAGAAGCGCCCGUAGCCCCAUUCCAGCCGUUCAAUCGAACCCGGGAUGGCUUCGUCCUGGCCGAAGGGGCAGCCAUCAUGGUCCUGGAGAGCGUGGAACACGCCGCCGCCCGCGGCGCCGAACCCAUCGCCGAACUGCGCGGCUACGCGGCCACCAGCGACUCCCACCACCUAACCGAACCCAACCCCACCGGGCAGAGUGCGGCCACUGCGGUGACUGAGGCUCUGGCCGCCGCCGGACUGCAACCCACCGACGUCGAUUACCUCAACGCCCACGGCACCUCAACGCCCUUGAACGACUGGCACGAAACCAAGGCGCUCAAGUUGGCCCUCGGUGAUGAGGCGUACCGCAUUCCCAUCAGCAGCACCAAGAGCAUGACCGGCCACCUCCUCGGCGCCGGCGGGGCGCUGGAAGCCGCCUUGUGCACCAGGGUUCUCGCCGAAGGUCUGAUGCCGCCAACCAUCAACCUCGACGACCCCGACGACGAGUGCGACCUGGAUUACGUUCCCAACGCCGCGCGAUCGGGCGACGUUAACGUCGUGCUCAGCAAUUCAUUCGGGUUCGGCGGUCACAAUUCCGUGAUCGUUCUGACCCGGCCCGGUCUGUGA